GGGAGGAAGGCGGCUCUGCACCAUUGCGACGUCGUCGUCGAGGCCACAUCAUAGCAAUAGCAGGCGAUGGAGGAGGGCAGCGAGGACCCGCCCACGCGCCUCAUCGGGAACUUCCUCCGGAAGCAGAGAGCGUCCGGCGCCGAGCCGUCGCUCGACCUCGACCUGGAGAUGGAGGAGCACGGGAGGCCGCCGCAGCGCGCUAGGUCUCCGCGUGUCUCCUUGGAGGACGAACACCAGAAACACGUCUCCUCUGACUCCGACUCCGACUCCGAUGCGGGCGAGGUGGUACGCUGCAAAUCUACAUCCACGGGCACGGCAGCGGGUCCAUUGUUGCGAGCCAAGACGCGCUCCCGGCUCAUGGACCCGCCGCCGGCGGCAGCUCCCGUCGUCAACAAGAAGCACAAGCCUUCCGCCUCACGGUCCCCUAAGCCCGGCCAGCAGUCCCCUUCGUGGCGCUGGUCGGGCCCGAUAGACGGCGAGGAGGAGGACCCAUUCGUGGACGAGGACAUCCCCGACGACUUCAACUUGAAGCGCGGCAAGCUGGGCGCUCUCACCAUCUUGCAGUGGGUCAGCUUGGUGCUCACCGUCGGCGCGCUGGCUUGCAGCGCCAGCAUAAGGGUCCUGUCCAAGAAGAAGGUGUGGGAGCUGCACCUUUGGAAGUGGGAGCUGCUCGCGGUCGCGCUCGUCUCCGGCCGUCUCGUCUCCGGGUGGGUCAUCCGGAUCGCAAUGUUGAGCGUGGGACGUAAUCUGCUGCUGCGGAAGCGCGUGCUCUACUUCGUGUAUGGCGUCCGCAGCGCCGUGCAGAACACGCUCUGGCUCGGCCUGGUUCUCGCCGCCUGGCACUUCUUGUUCGACGACAAGUGCCAAGCGGCGCACAUGCCGGUGGUGUCCUACGUGAUGAAGAUGCUCUUCUGCUUGCUCGUCGCCACGCUCAUCCGGCUUGUCAAGACGCUGCUGCUCAAGGUGCUGGCCUCGUCCUUCCAUGUCUCGACCUACUUUGACCGGAUUCAAGCGUCCUUGUUCAACCAAUAUGUCACUGAGACCCUCUCUGGGCCGCAACUAGUUGACCACGCCAACGUGUUUGCUCAAGUGAGUGAUCUCCAUCUCCAUGCCGUAAUGCCAACCAAGAAUCUAUCAGGGCAAGUGAGCUUUCGGACGUCGGUUUCAAUGUCUAAGCAGCAGGGCCAAGGAAGCAACAAGCUGACGUCCAAGGAGAAAAGGCAGCACCAGACUGCUGAUGAAGGGAUCAGCAUUGACAAGCUGAAUAGGCUCAAUCGGAGAAACGUCUCAGCCUGGAACAUGAAGAGGCUCAUGAAGAUUAUUCGGUUUGGAACGCUCACGACAAUAGAUGAGCAGAUAAAGCAGGCGACGGGUGAGGGGGAUCUGUCAGCCACACAUAUUCGUAGCGAAUACGAGUCACACAUGGCCGCCAAGAAGAUCUUCCAUAAUGUAGCAAAGCAUCGAUCCAAGUACAUAUACUUGGCAGACUUGAUGCACUUCAUGAGGCAGGAGGAAGCCAUCAAAGCAAUGGAUCUUUUUGAAGGAGGACAAGAGUAUAAUAGGAUCAGCAAGAGGUCUCUCAAGAACUGGAUGGUGAAUGCAUUUAGGGAGCGCAAAGCCCUUGCCUUAACACUUAAUGAUACAAAAAUUGCAGUAUCCAAGCUCAACCAGAUGACUAAUGUUGUUGGUGGCAUCAUCGUAUUUGUUCUCUGGCUUCUUAUUCUUGGCAUAGCGACAACAAAUUUCCUUGUCUUCCUCAGUUCACCGUUUUUGGUGGCAAUUAUUGUAUUUGGAGACACUUUAAAGGCAAUUUUUGAGGCAAUUGUUUUCUUAUUUGUGAUGCAUCCUUUUGAUGUUGGAGACCGCUGUGAAAUAGAGGAAGUUCAGGUUGUUGUCGAGGAAAUGAAUAUCUUGACAACAGUGUUUCUCCGAUAUGACAACCUGAAGAUAUAUUAUCCAAACAAUGUACUGGCCUCCAUACCGAUUAAGAAUUUUUACAGGAGUCCUGAUAUGGGAGAUGGAAUUGAUUUCUAUAUUCACGUUGCCACACCGGUAGCGAAACUAGCACUAAUGAAGGAAAGAAUACUACGUUACAUCAACAACAAGAAAGAGCAUUGGUACCCGGGGGCGAUGGUCAUCCUCCGAGAUGUAGAUGAGACCAACAAGCUAAAAAUAUCCAUAUGGCUCUGUCACACGCUCAACUUCCAGGACAUGGGGAUGAGGUAUGUGAGGAGGGAGCUGGUGCUCCAGGAGAUGAUCAAAGUCCUCAAGGACCUCGACAUUGAGUAUCGGAUGCUACCACUCGAUGUGAACGUGCGGAAUGCGCCUCCUAUUUUAUCCACAAGGAUGCCAACAACAUGGAAUUAUUGCUGAAGUAGUUGAUGUUCACGGGGCAUUUCCUAUCCAGUUCGAGCGGUGAGAGCUACAAGAGCCCUUGCUAGCAACAGGCAGGUAGGUGAUGAUAUGAGCUGUUAGCGUAUCUAAGGCACAUCACUUGGUUUGGUGUGUAAUUAGUGUUGUGUAGUAUGUCAGCUUUGCAAUAGAAUAAUUGAUCAAUUUUCAAUA